AUGUCGAAACGACCAGCAGAUGCGUCACUUGAAGAAGAACCUCCAGUAGGUUCUCCCGUUUCGAAAAAGCCCCGGGUAGAAGACGAUGUCCCCGAAGGCGACGAUGCGCGCCGAGAAGCUCUCCCGUUACGCCGGGCCAACGCCCACCAGUGGGAGCAAGAUGAGCGGAAUGGAAACGAUAUACUCGCAGCGGCGGAUCAAGAAGCAGAAGAACUAGAAGAAGGGGCCCGGGAUGACGGGGCUGGGCUAUCGGAUGAGGACGACGACCGACCAGCGAUCGCGGCGCCGAAACGCCAGAACGCACCCAUGGAAGGCUACGGGGAUUUGUACCUCGAUACGAUCAAUCGCGGCGUGCUCGAUUUUGACUUCGAAAAACUUUGCUCGAUCAGUCUGUCCAACAUCAACGUGUACGCGUGUCUUGUCUGCGGGAAAUACUUUCAAGGCAGAGGCCCCAAGUCGCACGCCUACUUCCACGCCCUGGACAUUGGGCACCAUGUCUUCAUCAACAUGGGAUCCAAGAAAGUUUUCGUUCUCCCGGAGGGGUACGAGGUUAAGAAUAAGAGUUUGGAUGAUAUUAAAUAUGUUGUCGACCCCCACUACGGCAAGGACUACGUCUCGAAACUGGACAAAGAGGCCCACGACUCGUUCGAUCUCGCAGGCAAUCGCUACAGACCAGGUUUCGUGGGUAUGAACAAUAUCAAAGCCAACGAUUACUUGAACGUAGUGGUCCAGCUGCUGGCCCACGUCCUCCCCAUUCGCAACUACUUCCUUUUACAUGAGUUUCCCGCUCUAGGGACACCGCAACUGGCGCUCCGCUUUAGUACGCUGGUGCGCAAGCUAUGGAAUCCCAAGGCAUUCCGGUCUCACGUCUCACCGCACGAGUUGCUGCAAGAGAUCGCUCUCCGGUCCUCGAAGCGUUUCACGCUCACUCAGCAGUCGGAUCCCGUCGAGUUCAUGUCCUGGUUCUUGAAUAACCUGCACCUUUCCCUCGGGGGCUCCAAGAAACCGUCGAAGACGCCUACAAGUGUGGUCCAGGCCGCCUUCCAAGGUCACCUUCGGAUCGAAAGCCAGGCGAUCACCGCCCAUUCCGAUACCCAAAACGCCCGUCUGGUCUUCACCGAGUCCGGCGACAUCAAGAGCCAGACCACCCCCUUUCUGAUCCUCACGCUGGACCUCCCCCCAACGCCCCUCUUCCAAUCCUCCAACCGAGAAUCCAUCAUCCCCCAGGUCCCCCUGACCACCCUGCUAAACAAGUACAAUGGAAUCAGCGCCUCCGAGAAACUCUCCGACCGAGUGCGCCACCGCCUCCUACACCCUCUACCCCCCUACCUCCUCUUCCACAUCAAGCGCUUCAGCAAAAACCGCUUUGUCUCCGAACGAAACCCCACAAUCGUCACCUUCCCCUCCCCCAACAAUCUAGACAUGUCCCCCUACGUGGAGCCGAACCCGAACGUCUGGCCCCCAGGCGAACCGAUCAUGUACGACCUCGUCGCCAAUAUCAUCCUCGACCCGGCCGUCGCCGCACCCGGCGCCACUGAAGACGCAGCAGGCAAGGGCGUCAACGCCGCCUCGGGCGCCGCCUCGACAGGCGCAGGCGCGGGCAACGAGAAAGUUUCCUGGCUCGUCCAACUCCACGACAAGGCUAUCUCCGCGGAGAGCGCGCGCCACCAGGGCGAGGGCAAGGGCGACCAGCGCGGUGCAGAGUGGUUGGAGAUUCAGGAUCUGUUUGUAAAGCGCGCGGAGAGCGAAACGCUGUUCACCCGUGAGGGUUACCUCAUGGUUUGGGAGCGCCGACGGGUCCCUGGGAUGUCCAAUCGGCCUGGGAAGGCCGCUGCGAAGUGA